AACAAAUAUUGAAGAAAAAAACCUCGAGCGUUUUUAAUCUGAAUUUACUCUUAAAAGAGAAAAGACCCCAUCCGCUAUUAAGGAUUUCGAUUUGGAUCUUUCCCCAGCGCGAAGAAGUUCUGUUUGCCGUCAUUGCUUGUUCGUAGUUAAGUUCAUAGCAUAUACACAUACAUACAUAUAAAAUGUCAAGUAAGAAAGAAGAGAAAACUCAGGCUGCUGCUGAAAGAAUAAAGGCAGCAGCAUUGAGUGCUGCAAAAGGCCUAAGUCGAGCUCAGGCUGAAAGGGCAGCUGCGGCUGCUGCCCGAAAUGUCAAUGCUUAUGGGCAAAAAGAAGAGGGGCCUAGCAGAUGGCAAGAGAAAAGGGAAGCGAAGAGGCAAAUGUAUUUGAUGAGUACUGAAAAGGCAGUUAGAUUAGGCGAAAGGAAAGACAAGAUGACCAUGACGUCUACGAUGGGUGCUUCUCAGUGCCAAAAGUGUUUCCAAGUGGGGCACUGGACAUAUGAAUGUAAGAAUGAACGGGUUUAUAUGUCGCGACCGUCGCGUACUCAGCAGCUUAAGAACCCGAAAUUGAGGAUGAAGCUUUCUGUCUCUUAUGAUUUGGAUAACCCUGAUGUGAAAGAUGAUGAGAAAGAUGAUAAUAGUAGGUCUAACAAAAGCAAGAGGAAGCACCGGUCAGAUUCGGGUUCUAGUAGUGAUAGUGAGGCUUCUGUUUUCGAGACUGAUAGCGGUGGUGCCUCAUCUGUUACGGGAUCAGGUUCUUCUUCAGCAGUGAGUAGUACAGAUUACAGUUCGUCAUCGGAGUCCGAGGAAGAGAGGAAGCGUAGGAGAAAGAAGAAUAGGAAGAAGAAGCAGAAGAAGGUGAGACGCAGAAGGUACAGCUCAUCUUCUGAGUCUUCCGAUUCUGAAUCAACAUCAGGUUCCAAUUCUGAUGAUAAGAGCAGCCGAAGGGAGAGCCGGAAGCAUAACAGAAGGCGCUGAAAGGAACAGGGUUGUCAUACACAUUUCCUUUUCGAUGACGGAUUUACUGGUUUUGAGACCGGAUAAUUUUACCAUCUGCUUGCGGUUCUUUAUUAGGUUUCCCUUUGGCAUAUUAUAUUCCUACAAAUGCUGGAAAUCAAACACACUGUGAUAGGUUGCUAGAUGUUUUCAUUGCUUUUCCUUCUAGCAUCAGAUGCUGUUGUUAUUUGUUGAGUGUUAUAUGAUUGGAGUUUGAAAAAUCUAUUUUUUGAGUUAUUCACCUUGAAUGUGCCAUCUGAAUUUGUGUUAA